CUAUUCGCUUCUGUUGGCCAACUCGAGCAUUGAGUCUGGUUUGAGUUCUUGCCGUGAGCGGUCCUCAUUUUUUUGCCAUUUUGCGAUACCUCGGUGAAAUAUUUAUUCGCAGCCAUCAUCAUCAACAGCGCAGCGAAAAGAAAGCAAUCGAAGCAGCCGGCGAAAUGGGCAGGACACUGGAGAUAACCGGAAAGCAGCAGGAGAAGGAGAAGAAUCCCAAUCUGGAGAAGAAUCCGAAUUCCGAUCAGGAGAAGGGGGAUCCGGAGAACGGCGAUCCGGUGCGCAGGCGCGGCCACGAGACCAGCGAACUGGAGGCGGCCACCCAUCUCUUCAAGGGCAGCGUGGGCGCCGGACUCUUCGCGAUGGGCGAUUGCUUCAAGAACGGCGGACUGGCCGGGGCCACCAUCCUACUGCCCAUCAUAGCGGUGAUGUGCGUCCACUGCGAGCGCAUGCUGAUCCGCGGAUCCGUUCUCGCCGUGGAACGGACGCCCGGAGUCGACUUCCUCGACUAUCCGGAAACGGUGGAGAAGUGCUUCGAGCACGGGCCACGCCCACUGAGGAAGAUGUCGCGGGUCAUGAAGCUAGUCGUCGAAAUGUUCCUCUGCGUCACGCAAUUCGGAUUCUAUAAGCAGAAAGAAAACUAUCAAAAUUAUUACAAAUAUCACCCAUUAAGAUAA